AUGGAGCUGUCGGCCAUCGGGGAGCAGGUGUUCGCUGUGGAGAGCAUCCGCAAGAAGCGCGUGCGGAAGGGUAAAGUAGAAUACCUGGUGAAGUGGAAAGGAUGGCCCCCAAAAUACAGCACAUGGGAGCCAGAAGAUCAUAUCUUGGACCCCCGCCUGGUCGUGGCUUAUGAGGAAAAGGAAGAGAGAGACCGUGCAUCAGGGUACAGGAAAAGAGGCCCCAAACCAAAGCGCCUCCUACUGCAGCGGCUGUAUGGCAUGGACUUGAGGAGUGCGCACAAGGGAAAGGAGAAGCUCUGUUUCUCCCUUGCACGGAGGUUUGGAGGAGGAGACAGUAGCCUGCCAGGGGCCAAAACAGGGCAGGCAGAGUUCUCGGAGAAGACUGGGGGAGCAGUCCUGCCAUUCUCUCUCCGGAAGCAACGCAAAAACCAGAAGUACUUGCGACUGUCAAGGAAGAAGUUCCCUCGCAUGUCAAGCCUGGAGGGUCGAAACUGUAGGCAUGAGUUCUUCCUGAAUGAUGCAGUGGACUUAGAGGCCAGGCAGGGCCCUGAGGACUGGGAGACCAUGCAGCACACCAGCAAAGAAGCAGAUGUGGAUGGCAGUCUCCCUUGGAUUCCCACUGUGCCCCCCAGCGAAGUGACAGUGACAGACAUCACGGCAAACUCCAUUACCGUCACUUUCAGAGAAGCACAAGUGGCUGAGGGCUUCUUCCGAGACCGGAGUGCACAGUUCUGA